AUGGAAGAAGAGAGAGGAAGACUACAGUACAAAAAUGCUAAUCCCAAAUUAUGGGGACCUUCUGCUGUCAAGAACAAUGAAACCAAGGUUAACAAUUUGCCAGUUAAUAUUGAAGGUAAUUUAACAUUUGAGCAAGCCAAUAUUUAUCAAGUUAUGUUUAGAAUUUCUGAAAUCACAACUAAAAUACAGAAUAAAGAAUUUGUUAUGCCUGAGUCAAGAAAUAGAGGUGUAUCUCCUCCUCCUGCAUAUGAUAAUCAAGGUAAAAGAACAAACACUAGAGAGCAAAGAUACAAGAGAAAAUUGGAAGAAGAACGACAUAGGCUAAUAGAAAUUGCAAUUAAAACGAUACCUCAUUAUAUUGCACCAGAUAAUUACAAGAGACCUCAGAAUUUUCAAGACAAGUAUUUCAUUCCAGUUGCUCAAUACCCUGGUAUUAACUUUGUUGGUUUACUGUUAGGACCUCGUGGACGUACAUUAAGGGAGCUACAAGAAUCAUCAAAAUGUAAGAUCGCCAUCAGGGGUAGAGGUUCUGUGAAGGAAGGUAAAAAUUCAAAUGAUCUUCCUCAGGGAGCUAUGAAUUUCUCUGAUCCUCUGCAUUGCUUGAUUAUAUCUGAUACAGAGGAAAAGGUUCAAAAUGGUAUAAAAGCAUGCCAAAAUAUAGUAAUUAAGGCAGUAACAUCUCCAGAGGGUCAAAACGAUCUCAAAAGAGAACAAUUAAGAAAACUUGCCGAAUUGAAUGGUACAUUGAGAGAGGAUACUAGACCAUGUCAACUGUGUGGUUUAUUAGGGCACCAAAGAAAUGAAUGUCCUUCUAGAGAAGAUUUUACAGUUAAAGUCAUAUGUAAUAGGUGUAACAUGCCAGGACAUGUUUAUAGAGAUUGUCCGAACGCACAACAAUAUAUCAAUGUACAUCAAAAUUCGCAUUAUGAAGGUAGAUAUAAAAGGGAAUAUGAUGUUGAACAGGGUAUUGAUAAUAUGCCUUAUAAGAGAAGAUAUAACAAUGAAGUGCAUAAUGAAUAUAGAUCAAGAAAUAGCCGAAUUGAUGACGAAUCCAACACUUAUGAUAAUUCACAAAAUAUUUCCCAGGACAUUUAUAAUCCAAUAGGAUCUGUCAGAAAUUACACAGAAGAUAGAAGCAAUUCUGUGUAUAAUAGCCAUAAUGGGAUUGUUAAUGAUCAUAACAGAUAUACAGUCAGUCAUUCAUCGCAAUCGUUGAAUCGUACAUCGCAAAUCUUUUUGAAUAAAGAUGAAGACAAUAUGCAAACUUAUUUAUCAGGUAUUUCGACUCCUCCAGGUGUUUCAGCUCCUCCAGGUGUUUCAGCUCCUCCAGGUGUUUCAGCUCCUCCAGGUGUCUCAGCUCCUCCAGGUGUCUCAGCCCCUCCAGGUGUCUCAGCUCCUCCAGGUAUCUCAGCUCCUCCAGAUGUCUCAGCUCCUCCAGGUGUUUCAGCUCCUCCAGGCGUUUCAGCUCCUCCAGGCGUUUCAGCUCCUCCAGGUAUUUAA